AUGGUUUCGGGUGAAUUGUUUAAGAAUGUGAAAAAAAGUCGAAACUCGAUACCGCGGGUCGACACGAACCCAACAUUCCGUGAAUCUAAUGGUGUGUCUGGUGGACGAUUGUUUAUGACAGCAUGUGAUUUGCUAUUAAAAGUUGCUGAUACUGAGUUGAAAGUAGCUUCUGGUAUGGCAUGUCCAACCUCAAAAAUGGUUAUACAUUCAAAACCAGUAAAUGAAGGUUGUGUUAAAGUUCAAGUUGAUGAGAUCAUAGAAAUAUAUGAGAACUUGCAUUUGCAUGUAGUAACACAAAUGGAUGAAGUUGAAUUUGUUAAACAUUUGCUUCGUAGCAUCGUUCAGUGGCCGAGAUAUGCAUUAAAGCUUGCAAACAAAACCCCAAGAAGGUCAAAUAAUGGUACGAGAAUGGGCUCGAAUCACUCUUCUCCACAGUUUGAGGAAAACCACUUUCCUUAUCAUCAUCAAAUGGAUGUUAAUGAGCAUUUUCAAGGUGGUUUAAUUUGA